AUGACACGAAGGACAAAAGCAGAAAAUGCACGCCUGGAAUCUCUCGCAAAUUCACUCGAGGCGUAUAUGGUCGAGACGAAUCGAAAUAAUCGAGACUCGAAACUGGCUUUUUGGAAUGAAAAAAUCGCUCAUCAACGCAAAUUGAUUGCCAAACAAGGAAUUGAAGCAACAGCUUUGAUGGAGGAGAGGAAGGAGCACGAACGGGCUAAAAAAAUGAAUAAUUUCCUACAGCGUAAACGGAAGAUUGAAGCACUAUUCUCGAAACAAGACGAGACACAAAUCCAAGUUGAUAAAGCACCAGAAGACCGUAUAGAGCACGUCAUUGCGGAUAGCCAUGUACCAAGUCGCUCAACUUCAACCACACAACAGCUACAAUCUCUCGGCAGCAACCUACGACAAUCCGUGGUACGCACAGAGUCACAGCCAGAGGAAUUCACCGUGCAUUUUAAAGGUUUGAAGGGAGUGGAUCCAUUACCACAACUUGCAAGUGCACAAGAUCACCAUCCGCCACAAGACACGUUUGUACCUCACCACCAAAGUGAUCCGGCCCGGGUGUCAUUUAUCAGACCGCUAGAAGCACAGCCUGCAACAACUUCUCGCCGUGCAUCGCGCCGUCGUUCAUCAGUCCCCAUCCCUCACAACAUCAACCAAGCAGCCCUAAAUAUUUUCGGAUCCGAAGCCGCUGCCGAACAAUUCAUGCGAAAAUACGAAGUCAUGGACCUAGAUAACAAAAUUUCGUUUCAACAUGACAACGCACCACUUGAUCAAAUCGCUGCUGGCUCGCCGCUAGGUCAUGAAGGCAUGACGCAAGAUGAAUUCAAUCACAGAGUGCUUGUGCAGAUGACUCGAGUGCGAAGACAAGCGGUAGAGCGGAUCCGUGUUAGGGAGUCUAUGGUUGAGACGGCGAGACGGUAUCGGUGGACCAUGAAGGGGAAGUUUGAUGCUGAGAUUCGUAGAGGGUCGGGGAUAAUGAGUGCUGCAAAGAGUAACGAGAUUAGUAGUAGUGCUAAACCACACAAGACGAUCGCUUUUCAAGACCAGUACUCUCACGAUGAUGAAUACCAUACCUCACCGAGAACACCUGACGAGUCUGACGCAUCGGAGACAGAUGAUGCCGAAAAGGCACAAUCGGCUGAAGAGUUGAAGGCUGAACAAGCAUUACGAGACGCGCUACGUGGAUCGCGGAGAGGGAUCAUGAUAGGAUCGUCAAGACCAAGUCUAGCUGCCAGCCAAUCUGCUAAAUCGGUACGCACAGAGUCUGAAGAAUCGAUGCAGGUGCCAGGCAAAGAAUCCUGGAAAAGACGUGGAUCUGCGUUAUUACGAAAAGAUAGCCGGCCCACGUCCAUACAACGAAACUGGGUCAAAUCACACAAGGAGCGACCAUUAUCUGCUGAUGGCGGUGAAUCAUCAAAUGAAUCGUCAUCCAUGCUUUCGCUAGGACCUACAAGACCCAUAACUGCGUCUACACCAUCACUAUCCAUAACGAGACCUGAUACGACAGAUACGAACGCUACAUCAACAACAACUAACUCGACAUCACAAAGUACAACACUCUCAGUCCCUCGCACCUCAUCACGCGGACUGAUUGAAACCAACCAAAAUGACAGUUCGGGAUCACUCACAAUCCCAUCUACAAAACCAUCAACCCCCUUCGUCGCACGUGCAAGUUCUCUCGCAAGUCGUAACUCUAUUGCAUGGGCAGCUAUCGCCAUGCUGCGUCGACGGUCUAGAUCCGUGACGCCCGAUUCUGCGAAUGGUGGAACGCUUGAUACGGACAUGAUGUUCCCGGAUCCUGUAUCGCCCGGUGAGUCAGUUGGCUCUGAAACCUCUCAGCAUGAUGGUGCAAGUGAGGACGAAACGGCUCCAUUACAAGACGAACCGUCAAUGUCUCAAGCCGACGAAUCUCAAGCUGCAAGCGCACUCAGCCUCUCCUCCACCCGCUACACACGCCCCUCUCACCCUCCCAGCAAACUAUCCGACACACAACCAGACCACGUCCCACGCCACUGGCAGCCCCUCUCCACUGACGCGCUCUCAUACACACACAGAAUCCUCUCGCCCAAACACGAAUCGGCGCUACUUCCAGCAUCAGUCGAUCCUAUCAUUGUCGCAUCAAUCAAAGACGCGAUUGGGACUACUCCAUUGCCAAAGGGCUCGUUACUGAAAUCGCCGAUGAAGGUCAAGACGUUGAUACCGAAGAAUAUAAAGUUUUGGUUGUUGAAGGAUGCGGUUUCACUUGGGGUUUUGACUCAAGGGGCUCAGGUUGACGUAGAACAAGGAGUUGUUAGGGAUGGUAGGCCAGUUUCGGGUGCAGUCGAUCAAGAAGCCGAAGAAGACCCAACCACGUCAGCUUUUGUGAGACAAUCUGUUGAUUCUCCUGUCAGACAAUCUGUGGAUUCUCCACAAACACCAGCAAGCACGAAAGCAAAUUCUGCCAAUACUCAAAGUCGAUCGUCUCAAAUGGCUACUCCAAAAACGACAACUCCAGCUCAUGCUCAAGACGACGACGAUGAUAUGGACGCUUUACAGGAUGAGCUCGCAAACUUGGAAGACGAUUUUAACAGCAUGGACCUUGUUUGA